CAGUCGUAUGCGUUUAUUGAUUUGUGGCAUUAGGUCAUUCGGUGCGUCCACGGCCACUCACUUCAUUGGGCUGUGGCUUGCUGCAGCAAAUGGUCGUUCCAGAGCUUGCAAAACCCUUCUUACAUUGGAUUAUACUUCAUACUACUCAUUGAUACGCCUGGGGCACCUUCAGGGGCUGGCUGAAAAAGAAGUGGCCCAACCGUGUAGGCCAGCACUUCAACUAUGCUAGUUUAGUAAGUUUAUCAGUUAUUACUGCCACUUGAGGCCGCUGUGGCGCUGCCCGGCGGUCAAAAAGCGGCAAGGAAACAACAAAAUGGACCGGAGGGAGGGCCGAGCGGCCGGCGCUAAUGCCAGCAAAGGCUAUGACAUGCCGGCGAGCCCUUACAUUACUGGAAUUGCCGAACAGGCUCAACACAUUCAGUCGCUUCAGGAGCGCAUCUCGGAGCUGGAGGAGGCGCUGAAGCGCGAGCGCCACCGCGCGGACCUGUGUGAGCAGCAGCUGGAGCAAUGCAUGGCGGCAGCACAGCAGCACGCCGCCGCCGCAGCCGUGCAACAACAGCUGCUGGCGGCGGCGGCCGCUGGCGCAGACAUCGGCUCCGCCGCCGCCUCGGCGGCCGUCGUCGGCGGCGCCGGCGUGCUUGCGCCGCCGCAGCACCUGCAGCAGCUGCGCAUCGCAUCCACCACCAGCGGCAUCGAAAGCGGCGGCGGCGGUGGCGGCCCAACGUCGACAUCGGCUUCCGCUUCCUUGUCCGGCGCGGCGGCAGGGGCGGGCGCAGGGCCAAGCAGUGUGGGGUCGGGAAUGCGCACGCCCACCUCCUCGGCGGCGGGGGCGGCUGCUGCGACCGCGACGUUAUUGUCGUCGUCUCCGCGCUUUGCCGGCGCCGUGCCACACCCAAGCUUCACUGGGGCCCAGGCGGGCGGCAGCGGUACCGCUGGCGGGGCAGCGCGCAGCGCUGCAAGCAUGUCCAAAGGGGCGGCAGGCGCCAGUGCUGGUGCCGGCGCCGGCACAGCCGGGCCGCUGGCGGUGGCGGCGGAGGGCGCGGCGGCGGCGGCGGCGGCAGAUAGGGGCUCGCCGGCGGGCUGGCUGCCGCAGGGCCCUGUCGACGUGAAUGCGGUGGCGACGUCGUCGUCGCUGUUACAUCGGGUGACGUCGUCGCCGUCGUUGCGAUCAUUCGCGCUGGGGCCGGUGCCUAAUGCCGGGCCGUCACGGUCGCGGCUGCUGCCGAAUGGGCCCGCGGCGGGCUCGCCAUCAACGGCGGGGCCAGCGGGGGACGAGAGCUCGUUAGCAGCCGAGCAGGAGCACACGGCGUCAGCGGCUGGGGCUGCGGACAGCGAGGCGGGUGCCAGCAUCAGCACGGCCACGGCUGCGGGUUUUGCAGUGGCUCAGGACGGGACGGCACCGGCGGCGGCGCUGGCGUUCGCGGCUGAUGCCGUCGCACCGGCAGGGUCGCGCCUGGCCCAAUCGUCAGCGCUCAGCUCCUCGCUGGCAGCGGGAGCGGCGGCGCUGGGGCUAGAUGCGAUCUUUGGUGAGCACACUGGUGCCUCGCCGUCCGGGCCGUACAGCCACGCGAUUGCAGUCGAGCUCUUGAGCACGGGCGACACUGCCGCCACCGUCGACGCAGUAACAGCAACAGCAACAGCAGGAGAAGGGCGGGACGGCAGUGAAGGCGGCUACGCCGCCGCCGCCGCCUCGGGCCUGCCGUCGGCGCGCCGCUGCGUGGGCUGCACCAGCCCCGAUUGCAGCGCAGCCACCGCCUCAGUGGCGGCCCUGGCGGCGGCCGCCACGGCCGCCACGGAGGCUGACAGCUCAGCGUACGACAGCGGUGCAGUGGCGUUGCCGUACGGCGACGGCGAGUACGUCACCAUCACGAGGCGUGAGUACGAACUGCUGUUGCUCAAAGACAAGGCCAUGGAUGUGCUACAGGAGGGCAUCACCAUCGCUGACUGCUCGCUGCCCGACAUGCCGCUCAUCUACGCCAACGCCGGCUUUGUGCGCACCACCGGCUACAGCGCGGCCUACGUGCUGGGCAAGAACUGCAGGUUCCUGCAGGGCGAGGGCACGGACAGCCAGCCAGUGCUGGACCUCAAGAAAGCCAUCAGCGAGGGCAAGAGCUGCGUGGUGCAGCUGCUCAACUACAAGAAGAAUGGCGACCCGUUUGUCAACUACCUGUCGCUCACGCCCAUCCACGACGCCGCCACGGGCCGCCUGACGCACUACGUGGGCGUGCAGUCCGACAUCACCGAGCUCGUCAACCACAAGAAGGCCGAGCUGGCGGCAAAGCACGCCGCUCUGCAGGCUGCGGUUGCGACGGAGGCCAAGUCGCAGUUCCUGGCGCGCAUGAGUCACGAGAUCCGCACGCCGCUGAACGGCAUGAUCGCGGUGGGGCAGCUGCUGGCGGAAACCAGCUUGACGCCGGCACAGUGGGACCUGGUCAACACCAUCCGCUGCAGUGGCGAGACGUUGCUUACGCUCAUCACAGACAUCCUGGACUUCUCCCGCAUUGAGGCCAACAAGAUGGUGCUGCACAACGCCGUGUUCAAACUGGACACCGUCAUUGAGGCCGCCAUGGAGAUAGCGGGGCUCAAGGCGGCGCAGCGUCGGCUGCAGGUUGCGUACCACGUGGCUGAGAACAUGCCGCGGAUGCUGUACGGCGACGCCCAGCGGCUGCAACAGAUCCUGCUCAACAUCCUCAACAACGGCAUCAAGUUCACGGAGGAGGGAGAGCUGCUGCUGGAGGUGUGGGCGGAGGGCGUGUUCCCGCCCUACGCCGGCUCCGCCGCCGCCGCCGCGGCGGCGGUGCCCGCCGCCGCCACCACCGCGGCCGCGACAGCGGGCGCUGCCGCAGCGUCGCCGCCAGGCGCCUCCGCCGCGCCGGCAGAGGCCGGCACCGGCGCCGACACCGCGGCCGCCACGGCCGCGGCGCCUACUGCUCCCGUGGCGGCAGCAGUCGUGCCGCCGGCGCCGAACGGCCCCGAGGCGGACUGGCCGCUCAUGGUCAUCCGCUUCAGCGUGCGCGACACGGGCAUCGGCAUCGCGCCCGCGGACCUGGGCCGCUUGUUCAACUCGUUCACGCAGGUGGACGCCUCGCACACGCGCCGCUACGGCGGCAGCGGCCUGGGACUCGCCAUCAGCCGCAAGCUGUGUGAGGCCAUGGGCGGGCAGAUGUGGGUGGAGUCGGAGGGACUCAAUCGGGGCAGCACCUUCUCGUGGACCAUCACCUGCCGACUGCCGCAGUCUGGCGGCUCCAAGCGCCGCGGGCGGCGCUCCUCGCUCGUGUGCGUGUCGCGGCCGCCGCUGGGCGGCAUGGGCGGCGCCGUCACCACCGCAGGAUACCUCGGGUACGGCAGCGGCGGCAGCGGCCCCGGCUCCGCCGCCGGCCCGGGCUCCGCCAGCGGCGUCGGCGCCGUCGCGUCGCCGCGUGCCGCCACUGUGGCUGGCAUUGUCGGCGGCUGGGGCGCCGCCGCUGGCGGCGCUGGCGGCACCAGCUCGGUUGCGGCAGCGCUGGCGGCGGCCAUUGGGGUGGGCGCCGCUGGCAGCGCAGCUGUGGGCCCACAGAGCCAUCUAGCUACCGCGGGGGGGGCGCAGGGUCCGCGCGCGCACAGUGGCGGCUCGGCGUGGGUCUCGGCGGCGGCGGCACCGCCGUCGUCUUCAUCCAGCGUUGUGCCGUUCUCUGGCGCCGCGGUGCUGGAGGAAGGGGCCCUCGUUGCGGCAGAGGCGCCCGCGCGCGCGGCCAUGGAGCCCUCAGCGGAGAAGCUGCUUCCCAGCAGCGGCGGCGCAAACAGCAACAUCGCAAUCGCCGGCCCUUCCAGCAUCAGUGCGAGCCAGGUCAGCGGCGACGGCCUGUUUGCUGCUGCAGCCGCCGCUCCCCCUGGUCCGGCGGCGACCGCCGGGCUCAUCCAGGGCGCCGCCGGCUCUGUUCCAAUGGCGCCGCCGCCGUGGACCUGGUCCACUGGCGGCCAAUCGCACGGCUCCGCUGCCUCGGGCGGUGUCGGCGGCGUCGGCGCCAACAGCUUUGGCCGCGAGCGCGCCAGCGCCACCGGUGCGCUUGGAGGGCCAGUUGCGGCGGCGGCGGCGGCGGCAGCCGCGGCCGCGGCCGCUGGCGGCGCCGGAGGCGCCGCCGGAGGUGACGGUGGCGGCCGUGGUGGCAGCCUGUAUGAGGGGCUGUCGCAGUAUGGGUUCACUGCCUCGGCGUCAGCGUCGGUGGCGGCGGCGCUGACUGGCGGCGGUGAUCCCAACACGUCGCUGCCGUUGCUGCGCGGCAAGAAGGUCCUCCUGGUGGAGCCGUGUGAGAUGGUGCGGCAGGUGCUGAUGCUGGCGCUGACGUCCUGGGGCUGCCGCGUGUGUGCGGUGAUCAGCCCCGCGGACGCCAUUGCCAAGCUGCUACGCUGCGGCACGCUGGCGGAGGCGCACGCGCCCACAACCAAGCCAUCGCCGCCGCACAGGCCCUGCAUGCGGCUUCGGCACACCGGCUCCGACCCCUCACUCAGCACCUCGCUGUACGACACCCCGGGGCCGUACGACUGCGUCAUCCUGGACAUGCAGGCCACCUGCCUGCUACGCGCGCUCACGCGCUGCGACGACCGCGAGGCCCAGCGACUCGUGUUCCUGGGCUGGCCGGGGCAGAACGAGCCGGAGGACGAGGAGGAGGAGUACGAGGGCGAAGACCAGGAGGAGGACGAGGAGGAGGAGGAGGGGGCCCGCGGCGGGAGCGAGGGAGCGGCGGGACCGCAGGGCGAGGAGGAGGCUGGGCCGCCGCCGCGGCGGAGCCUGCCUGGGAGCGGGGCGCGGGUGUCGCACGACGCAUCCGCUCUCACGGCGGGCGGCAUGGCUGGAGGCUCGGGAGCGGGCGGCGUUUCGUCCUCGCCGUAUGAUUUUGUGGAGGCGCUCCCCGCUGACGUGACGGCUCGGCCGCCGCGCGCGGUGACGGAGGAGAUGUCGAAGACGCAGAACCGGCAGCUGGGCUACGUGACUGUGACGCGGCCGGUGCGGCAGGGGCGACUCAAGCUGGCGCUGGAGGAGGUGCUCAUGAUGCAGCUGGACGGCGGCGUGGCGGCGCACCACCAGGGCUACUGGAGCGAUGAGGGCGAGGAGGACCCGGGCGCAGGGCUGCCGCGCCCGGCGAUUGCCGGCUCCGGCUGCGCGCCGGUGUUGCCGCCAGGUCCGGCGGCGCGCGGCGCCAGCUGUAGGUCCAUGGACCUAAGCGGCUUUGGCGAGGAGCUGAUGUUAUCGCCGUCGCCACCCGUGUCGGUUGCCACCUCCGCCACCACCGCCACCACCCUCGGAACCACUGGCACUGCUGCAUCACAACAGCAGCAGCAGCAGCAGCAGGCGGCUUCGGGGGCUGGGUUAGGGCACACGCACGGCGGCGCUCGGCAGGGCACGGUGACGGAGGGUGCUGCUGCGGCUUGGCUAACGGCAGAGGCCGGUCUUCAAUCCCACCACCAUCACCACCAUCAUCAACAACAACCGCACCACCACCAACAGCAGCAGCAGCCUGGCAACGUGCAGGGCGUGGGUCUGCCAAGUUCCGCGGCGUUGGCAUGGGUGCGCGGCAGCAGCUCCGGCAAACAACAGCCCAGCAGCAGCCCCACCUUUGCGGCGGUGUCGGCCAUUGCCCGGAGGCGAGACAGCUUCGACCCGCUUGGAGCGCUGGGCUCGCACGGGGGCGGCGGCAGCUAUUCGCACGCGGGCAGCGGGACGGGCAUGUCGCACACGCCGCACCACGGCUCGCUGGCGUCGUCGCUCAAGCCGGCGCUGGUGAAGAAGUCGGGCAGCAGCGCCGAGCUGGCAGACCUGAAGCCCGCGGCGGAGGGCGCGGCGGGCGGCCGUGUCCGCAUCCUGCUUGCGGAGGACAACGCCAUCAACAUGAAAGUGGCGCUGGGCAUCCUCAAGCGCACCCUGCCCGCCGCGGACGUGGUCACGGCGGAGAACGGCGUGCAGGCUCUGGACGCGGUGGCGGCUCGCCCCGGCGGCCUGGACUCAUUCGACGUGGUGUUGAUGGACCUGCACAUGCCCGUCAUGGGCGGGAUGGAGGCGGUGGCGCAGCUGCAGCAGCGGUACCCCAACAGGCACUGCCGUGUGGUGGCUGUGACGGCGGACGCGUUUGAGGACACGCGCGACAGCUGCCUGGCCGCGGGCUUUGACGGAUGGCUCACAAAGCCGUUCCGCGUGGAGGACCUGGUACGGGUGGUGGGGGAGCACUUGGUCGCGGCUCGCUCCGCAACCACGGCUGCGGCGGCGGCGGCGGCAGCAGCCGGCGCCGCAGGCGCCAGCGGCGCCGGCGCGCCAGGCGCCAGCGGCGGCACUGGCGGCAGCGCCACCACAUCAGCUUCGCAGGCUACGGGGAGCGGAAGGUGGUGAAUUCGAGUGCCCUAGCGGCGCAUGGCGGGUUCGGCACAGCCCGCAGCCGUGUGCGGGCGGAACUGCGGCCUGCCGUCACGAACUUGGAAGCUUAUUACCCAUAGCGACACGUUUUGCUUUUGUUCUGCCAUGCGCCAGUGUCGGCGCCCGCUUCCUCGCAAUUUUCACACCCAUCUUUUCACCAAUUUAUAUUCUUGUCAGUCUGGAGUGAGGUUAGCAAGGUUGAGUAUGUAGUGAGGUGUGGUGAGCGAGGCGUCGGGAUUUUGCUGCGAGAGAGAGUUAGAGCGCUAUCCAACGAUUCACGAGCCACCUUUGAGAGACUGCAAAGCAGUUACGGUUUAGGCCGGUGGAAGCGGUUGGAGGGGAGACCCUGCCGGUGUUGAUCAUGUGUCCCCCAAUGCUGCUGCUGACGCAGCUACUGAGGCAGGUGGCACCCGGCAUUGGAUGUGGUCGUUGGGGAUGUGGGGUCCCAAGCAUCGGUAUCGGUAUGCUGGACUGACACGUCAGGGGUGUUACUUAGGCCAGGUCAGGGAGUGUGCUGCUGUAGAAGCUUUGGCGGGCAGCCCGUCCUAGUCGUGCGUUGCUCAGGACGUGGAGAGUCGUACAGCAGCACUGACACAGAACUCUUGGUCUGCAUGUCGAGCACUGGCACGUCAGACAAAACAGUUGCAAAGCACGGGCACCGCGGCCCCAUGCGGCUGCCCGCCUGAACACUGCCCGAUGAGCUGAUCCGGCUAGCUCGUCAACAGGGCGGGUGUUUGAGUGGUCCGCGGUCAGGAGCGAUUGAUCGCUGCCGCACGAAAGGCGCUGCAAGCAGGCUGCAAGAGUGAUUUAUUGCGUCGGACCAGUGCUAGAUGUUUCCCUUGCACUCCGUAUGUCGCGGAGAACGAGGCUUGACGGGGUGCCCUGACGGACUUCGAACGGGGCGUUCAUUGGUCCAGCCCACUUCUGCCGUGCUUUCGGGGGCCGCCGCUUCCGCUUUCCAAGCUGGAACGUGCUAGCACUUUGUUAUGUGAUACCGAGAAGACCAAGGGGGGCUAGUUGCAUACGUGAAGGAGGCAUGUAGAUGUAGCAAGGUCUAGGCCACUGUCCAGGUGAGGGCGUGUGGUGUGGAGCCCCUGAGCGGUGCUGGGUCUUGGUGGCCUCGCCAGCGUUCAAUGCAACAGGACACUCAACGGAUUGGACAUGGAACGUGUAUGGGGGGGUGGUUUGGAGGGCCGCAUGGCUGGGCGCGGAUUCCUGCAGCAGGGCCGUAUGCCCGGGCUUAUGAGCACGCUCAACCUGGACCUUAAACAGCUCCGUUGGAACUUGAAAGGAAAUGAUGC